ACCCUGGGGGACUCCAUUUGUGACCUUCCCUUUCUGAAAUGCUUUUAAGGUAAAGUGUGGGGGUGGCUAGAAAAACUGAGAUGUGGAAAUCUUCAGGCACGAACUUUAGUUUGAGAUCAGAUGGGAUGAUUCAGAAAUCUGACAUCACCUUUUAAAUGUGGAUGUUUAACAGAAUAUUAAAAAUUUUUCUUUCUUUUUAGACCUCUAACAGAAAUCUGUCUGACCCAGGCUUGCCAGGUGACCAGGGGCAAAUGACAUGUAAAGCUUUUUUUAACUAAAAGUAAAAUAAAAUAAAAGCCCUAGUAUUGUUUUUCCUAAAGAAUUUUUCUAAACCAGCAGAUGAGAGUAAAGUGUAAUAAAGGUCUAAAUUAAGUUCUGUGAAGCAAGCAAUACUCACAAAACAAGGAAUCCCUCCUGACAUUUUCUGUAUAGACAUUUUCAGAUUUGUUUUUCUUGUAGGAUGCUUGUGGUGGGUGUACUUGAAGGAGAGCUUGUAGCAGAUCAAGACAGUGCUGACUGAAUAAGCUGAAAGAUGAAACUGGACUGUAAAAGUCAGCCCAGACACUCCCACCCCAGUCUGGUAACUCAGGAUACUGUACCGAAGUCAAAGCUGUGCGUGGAAUGCAAACACAAAGGAUUGCUAUUGGUACCUGAGCCACUUGUAAAAAGAUUAGCCUACACAACCCAGAAAUUAAACUGGAAUCAUUAAAAGAAGAUAUUAAGGAUUUUCUGAAGACAUCAGGUUUGUAAUACUUCAGAUAAUUAAGAUGUGAAGUUGUUGGCACUUCGACAUGGAGACGGUGUUAAUUCUGGAUUGUGUGAGGCAUUGUGGAAAUACACACAAAACAGUAGGUUGGGAAAAGAAGCUUCAGAAUGCUGUUUAUAGUGAACUCAAUGUGUUUCCUUCACCGUGUCAUCCUGCAGCACCUCCUGAGCAUAUGAAGGAACCUUUGGCUUAUAUGAGGAAAGCACAGGGAAGCUGGGAGAAGCGAAUUCUAAAAAGUCUAAAUAGUAUGUGCACGGAACUCAGUAUCCCACUAGCACAGAAGAGGCCUGCAAGUGAGCAGAAAGAGCUGCUUAAUAAAUGGAAUGAAAUGGGAACUGACGAACCAGAUCUAAGUCUCUUCAGGCCUGUUUAUGCACCUAAAGAUUUUCUUGAGGUCCUGAUGAAUCUUCGAAACCCAAAUUAUGAAAAUGGAGAACAGCCUAGUUUCAGAAAUCAUCUGGGGCUAAUUCAAGUUCCUCUAAAAGUUAAAGAUAUUCCAGAAUUGAAAGAAGACUUCAGUGAACUAGACUUAAACAUAGGACAACUGGGUAUUGAUGAUUCAGCACAAGUGCCUCCUGAGUUCUUUGAAAAUGAGCAUGUACGUGUUGGACAAAAAGUUUUAGCAGAACAAGAUAGUGCUGCAGCUCAACAAUAUGUUCGUCAGGGAUGUCCAACAGCACUCCGAGCUGAUCUAUGGGCCCUCAUUCUGAAUAUUUCUGAUCAGCCAGAGGAUAUCUUGUAUUAUGAGCAGCUCAAGUCAAAUGUGAUUCAGCAUGACCUUUUAGUGGACAGCUUGAUUUACAAAGAUGUAAAGCUAACAGCAAGCAAUGAUGACUACUAUUUUGUAUUUGAGGAUUAUUUAUAUCAGGUAUUACUCUGUUUUUCACGAGAUACUUCAGUAUUGGAGCACUUUGCUUACAGCAGUGCUACUCCACCUAAAUCAUACAUACAAGGAAAGCUUGGAAUAGAAGAGUAUGCUGUUUUCUAUCCACCAAAUGGUGUCAUCCCAUUUCAUGGCUUUUCUAUGUAUGUUGCUCCACUUUGUUUUCUGUAUCAUGAACCUGCCAAAUUGUAUCAGAUAUUCCGUGAGAUGUAUGUGCGUUUUUUCUUCAGACUCCAUUCCAUCUCUUCUCAUCCUUCUGGCAUUGUGUCAUUGUGUUUGCUGUUCGAGACUCUUCUACAAACUCAUCUGCCUCAGCUCUUUUAUCACCUUCGAGAAAUUGGGGCUCAGCCGCUACGAAUUUCAUUUAAAUGGAUGGUACGAGCAUUUUCUGGUUAUUUAGCUACAGAUCAGCUCCUGCUCCUGUGGGACAGAAUCCUGGGGUACAACUCCCUAGAAAUUCUUGCUGUCCUGGCAGCUGCUGUAUUUGCUUUCCGAGCAGUCAACCUGAUGGAGGUGACAUCAUUGGCUGCAGCUGAAGCUGUUCUUGCUGACCUUUCAACCCUGAAGGUUAUGCCACUUCUUCAAAUCUUCUUGUUUGCUACUGUUACCUGAUCUGCUUCAACAAUACUCUACUGCAUUUCCAGCCUCUCAUGAGAAGCUAAUGAUCAUCUAUGCAAUGUCUGCAUAAAACCAAAAUUAAACUGUAUGUACAAUAUUCAUUUAGAAAUCUUAAUGGAAUUUUCUAGCUGAAAACAAUAACUUCACACAGAAGUGUGUGUAGUGCAUGCUGCUGACUUUCACUGCAAUGACGGUUAUUACUUGUACAUUAAGAAUGACAACUUGUGCAAACAAAUGAUUAUGAAUCAGUGUCUAAAAUGCAUGUAAUAUAUAAUAAAUAAUGUAAUUCUUCA